GUCCCGGAGGAAAUUUCCUCUGUAUAUGCAGAAGUGGUCACAACAAUAUUCGAAUGGUAUUCGUCUUUUCUAGUUCUCAGCUUAGUCCUCCGAUUCGAUCCAAAAUCUUUCGUUGAUGGCAAAUGGGUUCGUCAUUUGGGCUUUAUUUUCUGCACUUUCGAUUAUAAUUCUGAGAUUUGCUUCGCACAUUACCAAUGGCAGAAGGAGCAGAAAGCGAGCCGUGGGGUUCUUCCACCCUUACACCAACGAUGGUGGCGGUGGAGAAAGAGUUUUGUGGUGUGCCGUCAAAGCCAUUCAGGAAGAAAGUCCUGAUUUUGACUGCGUCGUCUACACUGGCGAUCACGACGCCUCGCCUCAGAGCUUGAUGGGUCGAGCCGUUGAUCGAUUCGGGGUGAAGUUGCUUCACCCGCCUAAGGUGGUACAUUUGUAUAAAAGGAAGUGGGUUGAAGAAACUACUUAUCCUCGGUUUACUAUGAUAGGGCAGAGCUUUGGUUCGGUUUAUCUCGCUUGGGAAGCUUUAUGCAGCUUCACACCUUUGUAUUAUGUUGAUACUAGUGGAUAUGCUUUCACAUAUCCAGUUGCUCGGAUAUUUGGUUGCAAAGUUAUCUGCUACACACAUUAUCCUACAAUUAGUUUAGACAUGCUCUCCCGUGUUCGUGACCGUAGUUUCAUGUAUAAUAAUGAUGCUGUUGUCGCUAAGAGUGUUUGGUUAUCCCGGGUCAAAAUAAUAUAUUACACCAUAUUCAGCUGGAUGUAUGGCUUUGUUGGAUCUCACGCCCAUCUUGCCAUGGUAAAUUCUUCGUGGACUCAGUCUCAUAUUCAGAAGCUUUGGAAGAUCCCAGAUCGUAUCAAGAGAGUUUAUCCUCCUUGUGAUACUUCUGGACUUCAGGCACUUCCCUUAGAAAGGCCGAGUAAGCCAAUUAAAAUCAUAUCUGUUGCUCAAUUUCGUCCUGAAAAGGCGCAUACACUUCAACUUGAGGCCUUUUCAGUUGCACUUGGAAAAUUACAAGCCGACUUCCCAAGACCUAAGCUUCAGUUUGUUGGUAGUUGUCGAAAUAAAUCAGAUGAGGAAAGACUACAAAAUUUGAAGACUAGAGCGUGUGAGCUAAAGGUGGAUGCAGAUGUGGAAUUCCAUAAGAAUGUCACGUAUAGGGAUCUGAUGGAACUUUUGGGAGGUGCCACUGUUGGAAUCCACUCAAUGACUGAUGAACACUUUGGCAUCAGUGUUGUGGAGUAUAUGGCUGCAGGUGCCAUUCCAAUUGCGCAUAAUUCUGCUGGUCCCAAGAUGGAUAUUGUUUUAGAAGAAGAUAGAAAACAAACUGGUUUUCUCGCCGGUAGUGUGGAUGAAUAUGCAGAUGCAAUUAUAAAUGUGAUUGAAAUGCCAGAGACCAAGAGGCUUGAGAUGGCAUCAGCAGCUAGAAGACGAGCUAGCAGAUUUUCAGAGCAGAGAUUUUAUGAAGACUUCAAAGCUGCUUUUCGACCAAUUCUAAAUCAUGCAUCCAGUUAACAAACACAAAAAUAAUACAAAUACUCAAAAACUUGUUAAACUCCUUUCAAGAUUUUGUAACACCAAAUACUUGUGGUUAAGUUUAAGUUCCAUAUGGGAAAUUGAUUUCUUACACGGUGUGUGUACACUUUGUUUUACUAGUUUCAAAGUUGAAACUAACAUACAAGAAAAUAGAGAAAUUACCAUGGUCACCUUUUGUCA